CUUUUUUGUGAGAUAUGAUUCCUUGGGUGUAGCUGAUGGAGUUGGUGGUUGGCGUAACGUUGCUCCUUUACUUGCGGAUUCAGCUUUAUAUUCUCGUAAAUUGAUGCAUUAUUCUUUUGCAGAACUUGAAAGGUAUGAUAAUAUUGAUGAUGAGAAAUAUUAUCAUUAUAACGAAGUUAAUCCUGUUGAUAUAUUACAAACAAGUUAUGAUCAAGUUGUUAAAGAUUCUACAUUAAAGGGAAUCAUUGGAUCAUCAACAGCAUUAAUUGCAGUAUUACGAGAAGAUGAAUUAAGGAUAGCCAAUUUAGGAGAUUGUGGUAUAGGCGUGAUUCGUUAUAAUGAUUUUAUAUUUCAAACUGAAGAACAGCAACAUUCUUUCAAUUAUCCUUACCAAUUAGGAACAAGUUCAUAUGAUACUCCUCAAGAUUCACAACAAUUCACUGUUAAAAUUCAACAUGGUGAUAUAAUUAUCAUGGGUAGCGAUGGUAUUUUUGAUAAUUUAUUUGAAGAAGAUAUACUUGAAGAAAUUACACAAUUCUUUUGUCAAAGACAAAGUGGUUUAAAGGUUGAUCCUCAAAUUAUAAGUGAUACUUUGGCUUGGAAAGCAAAAAAUGCAAGUAAAGAUAUUAAUGUUCCUUCUCCUUUUCAAUCUCGUGCUAUGCAAGAAGGUUUAUAUUACUCAGGAGGUAAAAGAGAUGAUGUUAGUGUGUUGGUUGCAGUA